ACUAUCUCCAAUACCCAGAUAAUGAAAAACUCUCUAUGAUCUUCUGUUUCUCUCUCUGUAUCUUUAUAUACACAUAAAUGGAUAGAAAGGGGAGGGUUAUUGGGUAGUGGAGAGGUUAAGGGAAAAAAACAUACUUUUGGUCCUGUUUUUGAUUGCAUGGGGAAGGAGUGGAUAUGGGUUUUAAGGGAUAUUUGGAGAAAGAGAAAAUAUAUCUGAAUUUUGUUGCAGAGUUGCUCAGAGCAAGUAAUCCAUGGCCCCUUAGAUAGUGACUUUGGAGAAUAACCCAUCAUUAUCUCUUCACGAGAUUUUGCUUUUGCCACCCAAUGAAUGAUGCCUUUCUGUAUCCUCUACAUGUCACUGCCACCUGUUGUUCAACAAAGCUGUGUUUAGUUGUGUCCAAAGCUGGGAUUCUCUAUUUCUGGCCUCCUCUCUCUUGUUGUUUCUUCAAAGGUGCAAACUUUGGCACUUGAAAUAUCAAACAAAGACAGAGAAAUAUUAGGGUAAGUUUAGUGGGUUCAUUUUUCUUUUGGGUCUUGUUUUUCUCUGUUGGAGUUUUCUUCUUCCCAGGCAUGUUUCCUGCGGCCAUGUCCAAUUCUACUUCUUUGUCUGAGGAAGCCAGUGUUUCCUCUGGUACUAGAGUUCAAGACUUUGGGGGCUUAAAUCAUGUUGUUUCAACCAUUUCCCCACAACAACCCCAGAAAAUCAAGAAGAAAAGAAGCCUCCCUGGAAACCCUGACCCAGAUGCAGAAGUGAUUGCUUUAUCUCCAAAGACUCUAUUGGCUACGAACAGAUUUGUGUGUGAGAUCUGUAACAAGGGUUUCCAGAGAGAUCAGAAUCUUCAGCUUCACAGAAGAGGCCACAAUCUUCCCUGGAAGCUGAAGCAAAGAAACAGCAAAGAGGUGAAGAAGAGAGCCUAUGUUUGCCCUGAACCCACGUGUGUUCACCACCACCCUUCAAGGGCAUUGGGUGAUCUCACUGGUAUCAAGAAACAUUACUGCAGAAAACAUGGAGAAAAGAAGUGGAAGUGUGAGAAAUGCUCAAAGAUCUAUGCUGUUCAGUCUGAUUGGAAAGCUCACUCUAAGACCUGUGGAACAAGAGAAUAUAGAUGUGAUUGUGGAACCCUUUUCUCCAGGAAGGACAGUUUCAUAACCCACAGGGCAUUCUGUGAUGCACUUGCUGAAGAAAGUGCAAGACUGUCUGCUGCCAACCAACUAGCCACCGCCACCACAAACCCGGCAACACUGGCUCUCCACCAUCUACCACCGCAAAACAACUCAACCCUAUCUUCUCUCUUCCCUUUCUCAAACCCUAUCUCUUUCCCAACCUGGGACCAACCUCAAAACCCUAACCCUAACACCGCUCAAAACUCUCUUCAUGUCAAGCCCGAGGCUCUCCAUUUCUCUUCAUUCUUUCAGGAAGCACCACCACCACCACAACCGAAGGCAACCCUGAUAACCUCACCCUUUCAAAACCUGCCUACCACGUCGAUUCCCCACCUAUCAGCCACCGCACUCCUCCAGAAGGCUGCCACCGUGGGUGCAACCGCGACGCAGCUCAACAUCGCUGCGGCUCAGUUGGGGAGGGCGAGUCAGGCGGUUGAGUACUCCGGCAACAGUCGCGUCUCUUUCCCGCCAGAAUUCAUGGGUUUCGCAGCUGGAAACCUGGGCAUGUGGCAGAAGAACGACCGUCUGACUAGGGACUUUCUUGGCUUGACCGGGAGUGAUGGUAGCGACGGGAACGGAGGGGUGAACGUGAACGUCAGCAUGAACGUGAGGGACGUCCUGACGUACACCGGCGGAGUGGAGCAGUCGCUGUUGAAGCCCCAGAGUUUUGGAUUUGCCGAGCCUGCUUCGGAAGCAUGGGGUGACUGUUGAACCCAAAAAAAAUAUCCAUAGAAAAAAAAAUGAAAAAUUAUAAACCAAAAAAUGCCCUAUCCUAAUGACGGAACUGCCCUUGACCCCCAUUUUCCAAAAACAGUAGAUGGGAAAAAAAUAGACACAAAGAAGGGUAUUUAUGUCUAUGCAUUAUCACAAAGAUUUCUGUUAUUUUUAUUGCAAUUUUUUUUUUUUUAAUUUUGUCCCUUACAAUGUUCAUUUUUUCCUUUUGUCCUUUUUUUUUUUUUAAAUAAGAAUGGUGAAUGUUAGUAGCUGAAUUUGAACCUAGGACUUUAAUAUAGCAUCCUUAACUCAAUAGAGUGGCCACUCCACUAGGUGCUUGACUCCUAUAUGUAUAGUAGUGUUGUUUUUAGGUUUGCUUGUGAGGAAUUUCCAAAUUAAGAGAAUAUUUUUGG